AGGGCUACGUCACUUCCUCUUAAGUGCGGCGGUUGGCCGGGGCGUCCCCACGAGCGUUCAACAUGCGGAUUGAGAAGUGUUACUUCUGUUCGGGGCCUAUUUACCCAGGCCACGGCAUGAUGUUCGUUCGCAACGAUUGCAAGGUGUUCAGAUUCUGUAAAUCCAAGUGUCAUAAAAACUUCAAAAAGAAGCGCAAUCCUCGCAAGGUCAGGUGGACUAAAGCAUUCCGGAAAGCAGCUGGUAAAGAGCUCACAGUGGAUAAUUCAUUUGAAUUUGAAAAACGUAGAAAUGAACCUGUCAGAUACCAGCGAGAGCUAUGGAAUAAAACCAUUGAUGCAAUGAAGAGAGUUGAAGAGAUCAAACAGAAACGCCAGGCUAAAUUUAUAAUGAACAGGUUGAAGAAAAAUAAAGAACUACAGAAAGUUCAGGACAUUAAAGAAGUGAAGCAAAACAUCCAUCUUAUCCGGGCGCCUCUUGCAGGCAAAGGAAAGCAGCUGGAAGACAGAAUGGUACAGAAAUUACAACAGGAUGUGGACAUGGAAGAUGUUUCUUAGAACUCUUACUGUCUGUAACCAUUUCUAUAAGUGCAUCUGGAAAUCUCCUUUGGAGACAUAGAACUUGUAAAUUAUUGAUUUUUUUUUUCAUAUAAGGUCACUCAUAUGAAAGGGGAUUAAAGUACUUCCUUCCUACAUUGCUAUCUGCAGAACAGCAGAUACGGAUGCUAGAUUGCAUCUCAAUGUUAAGCCUUCACUGAGAAAUACACUUUUAUAAGUCAUGAAAAUUAUGCUUGUAAAUACAGAAGUGAAUUGUGGACAUAAAAUGGUCAUGCCAUUUGGUUAAUGGCACUAGGCAGCAUUUAUGUAAUAAUUAAUGCAAAUUCAUGACGAGUAAUAUAUAAAAUAAAAUUUUCAUUGCAGUAAAAUAUUCCUUUUCUAGAAGGGAUACAGCAAGGAACUAACAGUCUGUAUGAUAAUUAGCCUCUAGUAAUUUCUUUUGAUUUUAGUACUUCUGGUUUUGGUUUAUAAGCUUCUUAGAAGAACAUAAUGGUCUAAUAUAUUGAAGCCUAAUUAUGUUGGACCAUUUUGACCUGGUUUUAACUAUUAUGAUAGGCAUUUGUGGAUGUUGGGGGUGAGUUGAAUAGUCUGUUCCUGAAAUGGCACUAUAUAAUUUCUACUUUGGAGAAUACUCACUUCUAAGUUGAGAUUCCUAGUAGAAUAAGCUUUAUUUUUCUAGGGGUCCAGUACCUAUUAAAAUUUUUUGUGUGGUUUUCUUUUUAAAAACUCCUUAAUUGUUUGUGGAAAAUUGGACGUAUGGGUAGCACAUUAUAGAUUAUUUACACAUAAAAUUGUUUCUGAAGUAAGUAAGUGCCUAUGUAUUUAUUAUUUAAAAGUACUAAACAAAAGGUAUGAAGUUUGCUCACACAUACUAAGAAGUAGGAGAUACAUUUAAAGAGAAAUGUAUACUUUAUACUUCAUGUUUUCUUAUUUUUACAUUACUUACGAGUAAGUAUGUUAAGAGUAUUAAGUAACUCAGUUUUUUUUUUCUUAGGACAAAAUUUAGAAUAAAUUACAAGUUUUAAGGUUAUAUAAUUAUAUAGUAAUGGCUAAAUUUUUAUUUUAGUAUUAGAUAGUAAAAAAGUGGACUGAUCACUGGACCAAGUGUUAGAAGACCUGAAUCCAGCUUUGUUCUUAUUGAUAAAAUAAAGCUUAUUUGUAAACAACAUUAUUGAUGCAACAUUUAGGGGAAAUAUGUAUGUAAAGACAUUUGUAAAAUUACUUGAAGUUUUCAUUGCAUUCUAUAUUCAUGUUUGUUUUAAUAUAAACUUGUUUAAAAUUACAUACUAUUAAGAAACAAAUUUCCUACUGUGCUAGUUAGGGAGCAGCUUAGCUACUGCUUUGAGAUCAUUAAUUGGGGAAAUUGAGCUGAAACAAAGAGCUGACAUUGUGUCUCAGGUUUAACAUUCAGGCAGUUCUCUUAGCUGUCAGGAUUUCAUAUUAUUGUGAGACGCCAGAUAAGUAUUUGGAUGCAAAUGCCAUGAUUUUAUCCACCCACAGCUUUUUAAGCUUGGUUGGACCACUGAGGAUGAGUUGUCUCUUUAAAGUUUGCCUGAGAGUAGCUUGGUACAAUGCUUUUAGGCUACUAUUGUUGUAGCUUGUCUGGUUGAGACCUCUGCUGGGCAGUUAGCAUAAACACAAAAGCGUAAAUUGUCCAGACACUCACUACGCAGAAUAUAUUCUCUUAUUGUUUAAGAAACAAUAAUAUUGUUUAAGAUCGGGCUAGAAGUCAUAGAAUUUUUUUUAACAUGUACCUCUUAAAAAACUUUGUAAAGAUUGCAGAAAAAAAAUUCUCACAUGAAAAAAAAUCUCAUUUCUUAAAAAUGGAAACCCUAGGAAGAUGUUUACCCUGUAGAAGAAAGUUUGAGAAGGACUAGCCUAUUAUCUCAUGAAGUAGACAGCAUUUUUCUAAUUUUAUAAAUGGUCAAAUCUCAGGUGUAAAAUCUUGCCCCUUAAUCACACGGAACAGAAGAUGGACGAGGCAGGGAUUUGUGUUCUUACCAGUCUGUUUCCAGCGUUACCCUGCGUUUAUAUGGAAGGGAUUGAUCUAGAGCCUCUCAGAUCCCAUCUUCACAAGUCCAGGUGUUUGCUGCAACACUCACUUGACUAUACUUUGGUUUCUUCAUCUGAAAAAUAAAUGGAGACAAUAAUAUGACUAACCUCAGGAGUUUUAUGAGGAUCUAAUUAGUUAAUACAUGUAAAAUAGUCAUUUCAAGUCC